AUGGGAUGCUGCUUCUCUGAGCCUGUUGACUUUGACGGUGAGGUCAACUUGUAUCACUUUGACCUUCACCGUGCCGUUGGGAAGGGUGCGUUUGGCAAGGUGCGGGUCGUCGAGCAUAAACGUACAAAAAAACUCUACGCCCUCAAGUACAUCGACAAAGCCCGUUGUCUUCGACAGAAGGCCGUUGCUAACAUCAUUCAGGAGCGAAGGCUCCUUGAGGAGAUUGAUCACCCAUUUGUUGUCAAUUUGCGCUAUGCCUUUCAAGACGACGAGAACUGUUUCUUUGUACUAGACUUAAUGUUGGGCGGUGACUUGCGUUUUCAUCUCGAGCGCAAGGGUUACAUUCAAGAAGAGGUGGUUCGUUUCUGGAUGGCGGAGCUUUCUUGCGCACUGGAAUACCUACACCGACAGCGGAUAAUUCAUCGUGACCUGAAACCUGACAACAUUCUCCUGGAUGCAAUGGGUCACGCCCACGUCACAGACUUCAACGUUGCUAUCCACUACUCUGAACGACGCCUGCAUACCAGUGUGGCUGGCAGCAUGGCCUACAUGGCCCCUCAAGUUGUCAACAAGAAGGGAUAUUCAUGGCAGAUCGACUGGUGGAGCCUUGGGAUCACUGCCUACGAACUGCUCUUCCACAAGCGACCGUUUGAUGGACGCAAUUCGGAGAAAAUGACCCAGUCCAUUAUGAAAGACUCGUUGCAAUUCCCAGAAGAUGCAACAACGCGGUGUAGCGACCAUGGCAUCAUGGCUUUGAAAGGAUUUAUUGAUCGCGACCCAGCAACACGCUUGGGCUGUCGGCCCAAUGGGCAGGGAAUCGAAGACAUCCGGCAUCACCCUUGGUUUUUGGGUGUUGACUGGGACGGCUUGGAAGGCAAAGAAUCACAGCCUCCAUUUGUCCCAGACAUGAAACAGGCCAACUUUGAUGUAACACAUGAACUAGACGAAUUUUUGAUGGUCGAGAAGCCUUUGACUCAUUCAAAACGGAAAGCUAAUCCCGACCUCGAUAAGAUGAAGCCGGAACUACGGCAACUCGAGGAGCAGUUCACCGUAUAUGACUUCAGCAGCAUGAACCGCAUGUCCUAUUACCCACAUAACCAGCCCAUUGUUGCUAUCGGUACAGAAUCCGACAACACAGACCGGACGCUGGCACAAUCAACCACAGGCACCAUCGUUCCGACAGCAACAAUCGUGGAACGGUCUCAAGCUGGCUCUCCCAUAUUUGAGAGCUGUGAUCAUCACCCGAUACCUUCAAUGCCAAAUGGGACACAUGGUUACAUCGCGUCAUGA